AUGCGGUACCUGCGCGCCAAGGGAAUCCGCAAGGCGCUGCGCCAAUUCCACUUCUUGUGCGGCAUCAAGCCACCUUACAAGGUGCUUUUGGAUGGCAACUUCAUCGCUAUGUGCUUGCAGAUGAAGGUGGACGUGCAUGAGCGCGUGCCUAAGUACCUACAAGUUAAGCCGCACGAGUGCGAGUUCUACGUGCCUCGUGCCGCCUUAGACGAGCUAAAGACGCUGGGAGAAGCCACCAAAGAGGCCUACGACUUAGCCAAGAGCUUCAAAGUGGCAGAAGUCUACGGUCAAUCAGAGGACGAGAAACAGGAGACCGUGGAUGUGUCUAAGUACAUCCAGAGUAUCAUCGGUGAGAAGAACGAACGCAAAUUCGUCGUCUGCACGCAGGAAGUGGAGCUCCGCAAGGCGCUGCGUUUGGUACCCGGUGUACCGCUCAUCUACCUGAACCGCUCGGUGCUGGUGUUCGAGGAGAUCUCACGCGCAACGCUGGCGAUUGUUCGCCAAGAGGAGAAGGCCAGUAUGGCCAAGCUAGAUGUGAACGAGAAGAGGAAACUGGAGCAGAUGCAGGAAGGAGAGAGCGAAGAGAGCCGCGAAGAGCAUCAGAGACUAAAGAAGAAGCGAGCCAAGGGUCCCAACCCACUGUCUGUCAAGAAAUCGGCCAAGAAGAAGGUUCGCUCCAAGAAGAAAAAGAACUAA